CUAGCACUUUUGAGCAAUUUUGCUCACAUCAUAAUCUGAAACCAUGAAGUGGUUAACAUUAAUUUCAUUUAUUUUCCUCCUGAGUUCUGCCAGAUCCAGGAACCUGCAAAGAACUGCACGAGAUGCAGACCACAAGAGCCCGAUUGCCCACCGCUUCAACGACCUGAAGGAAGAGACAUUCAAGGCAGUUGCCAUGAUCACAUUUGCCCAGUACCUCCAGAGAUGUUCCUACGAUGGACUGUCUAAGCUGGUGAAGGAUGUGGUUGAUUUGGCACAUAAGUGUGUGGCCAACGAGGACGCUCCGGGCUGCUCUAAACCACUGCCCUCUGUUUUCCUGGAUGAAAUCUGCCAAGUUGAGAAGCUCCGUGACUCGUACGGCAGCAUGGCUGACUGCUGCGGCAAGGCCGAUCCCGAACGGAACCAGUGCUUCCUGUCCUUCAAAGUGCAGCACCCCGACUUCGUCCCACCCUACGAGAGACCAGCGGCCGAUGUCAUCUGCACCGAGUACAAGGACCACCGGGUGCAGCUCCUGGGAAAUUUCGUCUACACUGUUGCAAGAAGAAACCCGUUCCUGCACGCCCCAGCCAUCCUGGGCCUGGCUGCUGAGUACGAAAAUGCGCUCAAAAGCUGUUGUUCAGACAGUGAUAUUGGUGCUUGCUUGGAUGCAAAGGCAGCUGACAUCAAGGAAAGAGCCAAGAAGAUAGAUCUGAAGCAGCAGCACGGAUGUAGAAUCCUCAACAAGUAUGGUGAGAGGACUUUCCAAGCCAGCAAACUCGUUCGUAUGAGCCAGAAAUACCCCAAGGCCCCAUUUGCAGAACUUGUUAAGAUGGUCCAUGAUGUGAAGGAUGUCUACAAAGAGUGCUGUGAUGGGGACAUGGUAGAAUGCGUGGAUGACUGGUCAGAGCUCGUGGCCUCUUUGUGCUCUAAACAAGAUGUUUUCUCAAGCAAACUCAAGCCCUGCUGCGAGCUGCCAGCUGUGGAAAGGACCAAGUGCAUCAUGGAGGCAGAGUUUGAUGCGAAACCUGACAAUCUUCCUUCGCUGGUUGAAAAAUACGUUCACGAUAAGGACGUGUGUAAACACUAUGAGCCAAACCACGACGCAUUCCUGUCAGAGUUUGUUUAUGAAUAUUCACGAAGACACCCUGAGCUCUCCACACAGCUGAUUAUGAGGAUUACUAAGGGAUAUGAAACACUCCUGGAUAAGUGCUGCAAGACAGACAACCCUGCUGCGUGCUACGGGAACGCUCAAGAGGAAGUGAACAAGCACAUCAAGGAAACCGAGGAUGUUGUGAGGACCAACUGUGAGCUGUUCAACACCCACGGCGAGGCAGAAUUCCUCAAAGGAAUUCUGGUCCGCUACGCCAAGAAAAUGCCUCAGGUAUCCAGCGAGACCCUGCUUGAAAUCGGGAAGAAAAUGACAGCUGUUGGCAAGAAGUGCUGCGGUCUCCCCGAGGACAGACGCAUGUCCUGUUCUGAGGGCUACCUGAGCAUCAUCAUUGAAGAUAUGUGCAAGAGACAGGAGAGCCACCCUAUCAACGACCAGGUGUCACAGUGCUGCAACGAGCUCUACUCCUACAGGAGACCCUGUUUCACUGCCAUGGGCGUGGACACCAAAUACGUGCCUCCACCAUUUGACCCCAUGAUGUUCAACUUCGAUGAGAAAAUGUGCACUGCUCCUCCGGCUGAGCGCGAAUUAGGGCAGCUGAAACUGCUCGUCAACCUCAUCAAGCGCAAGCCCCAGAUGACAGAUGAACACAUAAAGAAAAUUGGUGGGAGUUUCACUGCCAUGCUGGACAAGUGCUGCAAGCACCAAGAUGUUGUGGGAUGUCUUGGGGAAGAGGGUGCUGCCCUGAUUGUCCACAGCAGAUCCGUGCUAGGGAUCGGUGUGUAACCUGAGUCUAGGCUGCCAGCGAGAAAAACAUGAAGAAAAAACUUGCUGCGUAACUUCUCCCACCCCUUACCCUUUCCCAUUCGGCACUGAAUGAAGAUUUCAUUAAUCUUCUGUGUUUUGUCACGCAAUGAGCUUGUCAAUUCCCUCACUAAAAUGAUUCAAAAAUAAAGGCUUUAUAAAACCA